AUGAGUUAUACAAGACCAGACAUUGCCUAUUCAGUUAAUAAACUGAGUAGUUAUACGAGUAAUCCAGGUAUUGAUCAUUGGAAAGCAAUUACCAGAAUACUAAGGUAUUUACGGAACACUCGUGAAUUUGGGCUGCAUUAUACCAAAUAUCCAGCAGUGCUUGAAGGAUUUAGUGAUGCAAAUUGGAUAUCUGAUAUAAAAGACUCUAAGUGUACUAAGCAGUGUCUUGAAAAUCCUAAAACAAACCGUAAUUACCAGAUCCACAAUCAUGUCAAUGAAGAGAUUCUAGGGUUUGAAGAAAGACAAACAGAAGCAUGUUUUCUUUCUUUAAAAGAUCUUAGUCCUAAUUGUUGA